CGGUUCAGUCUGUGCUGGAUGUUUGUGUCGUCUCGACUCGUAAAGCUCGUGACCUAAAUCGUCUGUUCAGAGAAAAAUCCGAAUUUUCUGCUAAACGAAUAUGUGCUCAUCACACAUCAUUCGUACAGCAAAGUUCUUAGUUCGGUGUGUUAAUUUCAAUUUUCAAUUGAAUAGUCGCGCACAAAAGAGUCAAUCCAAUUAAUUAUUCCAAUAUUAUUCACGGAAUAUUAUUAUCGCGAAAAUUUAAAUUGCUAUGUAAUAUUCAUCGAUGAGAGUAUAGAGAAACAAAGCCAAUAGUGGUGUGUAUGUGAAAACAAAAGUGUUGGAUGAUUUAUUUUCGAGUCUGCAAAACAUUGAGUUGAUAAUUCGAUUGUGUUUUGCGGCAUAAAUGUUUCAACUUGAUUUGAUGUGAUUCGAUUAAAUAGAUUUGCAUAUUCAUUCAAAGAAGCCCGGGAAGUGUACGUUGUAAGAGUGUGUGUUGCAAACUUUCCGAACACUGUUUCCUCGCAAUCGUUCGUUUGUUUUUAUCCUUCACCUCCAUCUCCUUUUUGUAUGCAAAUUUCAGAUAAAUAAAGAGUUGUUUGUUUUCACUGGUCAAAUGUAGUUUAGAGAAAUGUUUCUUAAUUCGAUCGAAAAUAUCUCGCAGAGAAUGUGUCAGACAUAAACAGAGAGAACGAAAUUAGAUAAGAAUGUUUCGCAUUUAAAUUAGUUCAGUGUUUGUUUCUGUGGCGCUUCAAUUAAUUUCGAAAACAAUGAAAUGCAAAGAAAAACCAAAACCAAAUUACAAAUUGCUGUCCAACCGGAUCUUCAACAUUUGAGCUGACAAGUAUUUCAAGAUAAAUUUUACACUUCUUUUUGAAAGAAGAAGAGGAACAAGAACCAGAAUAGAAAACGAAGAAAAAACCGAAACGGACGUAAACUAACUGGCGCGUGUUAUAGAACUGUCCGCAUCCACACUCCGACUCAAUAAAGUGCAACCAUAAAAAAAGUGAGAUGUAUGAUAUCAAACGCCAAGUGGAAAAACAACUCAAUUCAACUGAAUGCGAAUGAACCAAAAUAAAUCUCGUCGCACAACAAUCACGAUUAAAUAUUAACAGUAACAGUAACAACACUACGGAUAUACGUAUAAAUGCAUGUAUACAUAAAGGAGUGCGGCGGGGCAAAAGAGCAAAACAGAUGUCGACUGACCACAUAGUUUCGUGUGAAUGUAGCAUAAAUUGUGUGCGUGAUUAUUGUUUUCUUCUUCGUUGAAAACAUAGUAGGAAAAGUUACACAAAAGCAUAUCGCACACCGUUUUGUGAAUGGAGCAACAGUGGCAACAGCAGCUGAAAUUUUAGCAAACCAACGAAAGAAAAAUAAACUGAAACAAUUGGAAAGAAAAAAUUUUUUUUCUCGUCUUGUACUAAGCGAAUUUAUGCGUUCCGUACAUGAGCAUCGGCAUUAAAAUUAGUUAGAUCCUGGGAAUGCAAGCGCGCGCACAUGACGUCAAGCGUGUUUCUGUGAUUAAGAAGCAUUUCCGUGAAAUUCAUUUAAUAAGUGAAAACAACUAACUGUUUUCACUAUUUAAAAAAACACGCGCAGCGUAAACAGGCAGCUCAGUGUGCAAGCAGCAUCGCACCACCGCCAGCCGCAGCAACAACAAAAGCAGCAGCUGUAGUGGUAGUAGUAAUAGUACUUGUAGUAGUAGCAGGAGCAGCAGCAACAACAACAACAAAGAACAACAACCGGCGACAUCAUCCGAAAUAAAAACGCACAAAAUGGGAACAAACACGUUUAUUGAGUGCGCCAUCAUAUUGUUAACUGGGUUGAGCAUUGUUCGCGGUCAAACUCUGACAGAAAAAAUUCCAUUAGGUGCAAUAUUUGAGCAAGGAACAGAUGAAGUGCAAUCAGCAUUUAAAUUUGCCAUGCUGAAUCACAAUUUGAAUGUGACAUCGAGGCGAUUUGAAUUACAAGCAUAUGUUGAUGUUAUCAACACUGCAGAUGCCUUUAAGCUAUCACGUUUGAUUUGCAAUCAAUUUUCCCGGGGCGUUUUUUCGAUGCUUGGUGCAGUAUCACCGGAAUCGUUUGAUACACUUCAUUCCUACAGCAACACAUUUCAAAUGCCAUUUGUUACGCCAUGGUGUAACACACCAUGGUUUCCGGAAAAGGUACUAACACCAUCAUCCGGUUUUUUAGAUUUCGCCAUUUCGAUGCGACCCGAUUACCAUUCAGCUAUUAUAGACACGAUAAGAUAUUAUGGCUGGAAAAAGAUUAUAUAUAUUUAUGAUUCACAUGAUGGUUUAUUGCGUCUACAGCAAAUCUACCAAGGAUUGCGACCGGGCAAUGAAUCAUUCCAAGUUGAAACGGUGAAGCGUAUUGCGAACGUAUCGAAUGCAAUAAAUUUUUUGAGAACACUUGAAACAUUAAAUCGCUGGUCACGAAAAUUCAUUGUUUUGGAUUGUUCAACCGAGAUGGCAAAGGAAAUUAUUAUCAAUCAUGUUCGUGAUAUUUCUUUGGGGAGACGGACAUUUCACUACUUGCUCAGUGGCCUGGUAAUGGAUGAUCGAUGGGAAUCGGAAGUGAGCGAAUUUGGUGCAAUUAACAUAACUGGAUUUCGAAUUGUCGACAACAAUCGACGAUAUGUGCAAGAAUUUUUAGAUGAAUGGAAAAGCCUGGAUCCGAGUACAUCGAUUGGUGCCGGCAAGGAAUCUAUAUCGGCUCAAGCAGCAUUGAUGUAUGAUGCGGUGUUCGUUUUGGUCGAAGCAUUUAAUAAAUUACUUCGCAAGAAGCCAGAUCAGUUUCGUAGUUACACAAUGCGCAAUCGUAUGGGACAACUGGUGGCACCGGCCGUCACAAAUAUAUCCAGUGGCAAUGCAAAUGCAACAACCAACAAUGCAAAUGCGAAUCGAGUGCUCGACUGCAACACCAGCAAGGGCUGGGUGAAUCCAUGGGAGCAUGGCGACAAAAUCUCUCGAUAUUUACGCAAGGUUGAAAUCGAAGGAUUGACCGGAGAUAUUCGCUUCAAUGAAGACGGCCGACGCGAAAACUACACAUUGAACAUUAUGGAAAUGACGGUAGACAGUGGCAUGGUGAAGGUGGCCGAUUGGUCUGACCAAUAUGGCUUUGUACCGACGGUAAAAGCAAACGGUGGCAGCGAUCGGGUGCAGGCGCGCAUUGAUUACGAACGAAAUCGCACUUAUGUUGUAACAGCCAUAAUUGAAGAGCCGUAUUUUAUGCUGAGAAAGGGAAAACCAGGCAAAGUACUCGAAGGCAAUGAAUUAUACGAGGGCUAUUGCAAAGACCUUGCAGAUCUAAUUGCACACAAAUUGGGAAUCAAUUAUGUAUUGCGUACGGUGAAAGACGGUUCAUUUGGCACUGAAAAUCCAAACGAAGUCGGCGGCUGGGAUGGAAUGGUUGGUGAACUGGUUCGACGGGAAGCCGAUAUUGCCAUUGCUCCACUAACGAUAACAUCCGAACGCGAGCGUGUGAUUGACUUUUCGACGCCCUUCAUGAAUCAUGGCAUUUCAAUCAUGAUCAAAAAACCAGUGAAACAAAACGAAUCGUUUUUCAGUUUUAUGAGCCCAUUGUCAAAAGAAAUUUGGGUUUGCAUUUUAUUCAGCUAUGUCGGCGUGAGCAUUGUUUUGUACAUUGUCAGUCGGUUUUCGCAAAGUGAAUGGCGACCAGUGCAAAUAAAAGGAGAUUCAUCGAUUACCAUACCACCGUUGUCGGCGGCCACAGCAGCAGCAACAUCGUCGCAUGUAAUGGCCAAAAUGUCGGGCAAAUUCAGUUUAUUGAAUUCGUUUUGGUUUGCAUUCAGCUCGUUGAUGCAACAAGCCCAUUACGCGUCACCAAACUCAACAAUGUCCGGCCGAAUAGUCAGCGCCGUUUGGUGGUUUUUCACAUUCAUUUUAAUAUCGUCAUACACGGCUAAUUUUGCGGCAUUGUUAACAAUCGAACGAAUGACAACACCAAUUAAUUCAAUCGAAGAGCUGGCUGCCCAACGAUCCAUUCAGUUUGGAACACUACUCGAUAGUUCGACCAUGGAAUUUUUUAAGAAGUCAACAAUUCCGACGUACGCCAAGAUCUAUGAAUACAUGGAAAAGCAUCCAGAAGUGAUGGUGCAUUCGUACGAAGAAGGUGUACAUCGUGUGCGAAGUAGCAAUGGAAAUUACGCGCUUUUGAUAGAGUCACCGAAGAAUGAUUACGUCAACGCGCAAGAACCAUGUGAUACAAUGAAAGUUGGCCAAAAUUUGGAUAGUCAAGGCUUUGGUAUUGGCACCCCACUCGGAUCGCCACUAAGAAUGGCAAUCAACUACAUCAUCUUGUCGGCCAUAGAAUCUGGCGAGUUAACUAAAUUGCAGAAUAAAUGGUGGCACGAACAAGCCAAAUGCAAUAGCGCGAAUAAAAAGACGCACGAUAUAUACACCAGCGACGGUUUGGCAUUGAACAAUUUGGCUGGCAUAUUUUUCGUUUUGAUCGUUGGCUUGAUAUUGUCGCUAUUCGUGGCUACGAUUGAAUUUUGCUUUAGGCAACACGAUCCCAUGAAACAACACCAAAAAUUCAAAACAAAACCGGCCAAUGCCACCGCAAUGAACACAUUACAGGGUAAACCAAAGCUUACGAUCCAAGAGCAGCGAGAUUUUGAUAAUGGACGUGUAACGUAUUAUCCGUCGAAUAAUCAAGCCACGCAUUUCGAGCCCGAUGUGAUGCAAAUCAACAGUCACGCAACACUGCCACCACCACCACCAUCUGGACAUCAAGGUCACAAUCAAGAUCCACGUUUAGUGCGACCAUCAUGUGCCAACAACACAAUACGUCGCAUCAUGCAGCAAAAUGUCAGUCGACAAGAAAUGGAAAAAGUACUUAGCGAUACGUGAUAAGCAUAGGUCAGCAGCGUAGAUAAAUUGAACGACAGCAAUAUUUCUUUUCCCACAUUGUUUCAUUAGUAAGAGCAUUUUUUUGCGGAAUACGAUACAUCUAGCUCGAACCAACUCUAUAGAAGCUACCGUUUCUCGUGGAUUGAGCGCGAGCAAUAAUAGUAAUAAUAAUACAACGGCCAAAUGGCUAUGAUAAAAAAACAAAAACUUGAAACCGAAACAGGCUCGUGUAUUUGCUCUCUCUCUCUCUCUCUCUCUCUCUCUCUUACUCUGGUAGACUUUUCUCCUUGCCCCUUUCUUUCGAUUCUCUUCUCCUUCAUUAUUGUUUGUUCGUCGUCGUCGUUUUCUCAUUUUUUUCUCUCUCUCUCGAUAAAAGCACAAACCGGAUGUUUUUCGUGAUUUGAAAAUCAUCCGCAGGAUAAAGAUGGAGAUGGAGUGGGAGAGAGAGCGAGAUAGAUGGCUUUUAUUUUGUUUGUUCCUCUGUUGUCUUAUUGAAUUUUCGACGAGUGAUUCAAAAUAAACCGCCGCGCUCUCUUUCACUCAACAUGCCGCAUCAUUUCAAUAUGAUUUCAAACUCGAAACAAACUCAGUCUGAGUCUCUAUUAAAUACCCAUUGAAGAUUGUAAUGUUUCCAGAAUAUCCGUUCCGCUGACGCAAUAUUGAAUGAACCGUUUAACACGCAGGUUUAAUGCAGCCAAAUCGAUGAUAGAAAAAUAAAACUAUAUGGAUAAAACAAGAAAAUUAACGAAACUGUGAUAAAUCAAUUGUGUAAUAAUUAUCAAACUCCAUAGUUAUUUAAAGUAUUAAGACGUUUUAGUUGUCCGUCAUAAACACGCAAUUAUCAGGCAAAAACAAACUCACAUGAAUUACUCACCUGGCUGAUCGACAAUUGAUUUGAAAAUUUCUAAAUAAAUAAGCAAGAUUUUGCUUGUCAAUCUUGUUAACGUAAUUAAUUGACAAUUAUUCAUAUUUUAUUCGAAAUUGCAAUCAUCGGCAGUAACCAUUUCAUAUAUAUAUAAAUACAUACCCAUGUCUCGAUUCAUGCGAACAUGUCUAAAUGCGCGAUUCGGCAAUGAAUGUGUCGCAUAUCAAAUAGUUUUUUUUUCGUGUGGAAAUUGUUGUAUUGUGUGCGCGUGCCACCAGCACUAGCAUAAGCAUAAUAUAUUCAAUCUGUGUCCGUAUUCCUUGGGAUUAAGACGAAACAAUAAAAAAACAACACAUGCGCCAACAAACAUUAUACUUAAGGGUAAUUUCAAAGUGUUAAAACUAACAGUCAACAGGAUUAAAUCGUAGUCAAUAUUCAAACACUGUUUUAUCGGUGCAUUUUUAUGAAUUCAUUUUUUUGUAUAACUAUCGGUGUUUUGCUGCAUGAUUUCGCCGCGCAUGGAAAACAUUCCGCUGCUGUGAACCAUCAACUAUUUACUGUAGAAACAUGCAGAUUUAUUUCAUGUCAUACACAAAAACAUCAAAUAUCAAAAAAGAAAAAAAAUGUUUAGGAUUAAGAGAAAACAAUUCACCUUUCUUCUUUGAACCGUCUUUAAAACUAAACCUGCAUUUCUUAAUCUUACCAAUACUAAAAAAAAGUAGUCGAUGGAAACUUUCAGAAAAAAUCCAAUGCGAGAAUAAUGGGACAACUUUUAAAACAAAGACAUAUUGCAAACAAAGAUUAUGCGAAUCACUGUAGAUCCAUUCUCGCUCCCACUCAAUAUGCGGGUGAGCUGAACCGAAUGCAAUUAGUGUGAAUUAGAAGAAAAAAGAUACAGAUGUUAAACAUUAUCCUUAGCUCAGAAUUAAUGUUGUCUAUUGGUAAUUAAAAAAAAAAAAACUAUAUGAAAUUACCAAAUAAAAUGCAAUGUAUCACGAAUAAAUAUAAAAUUAAUACUAACUUAAACUUAA